CAUUUUGUACUGCUGCACCGGUAUUUAUCAGAGGAGAGGAAGAUUCGUGACUUAGUCACUCUGAUAGCUAGCUAGGUAGUCUAUGUACAAUCAUUGAUUCCACGUAUAUAUUUUUUAAAAUAACCACACCUUGCUGUAUUUAAUAGGAAACCGUUUAGAGGACGCGACGACUACAGUUGUCUUGUACUCAUAUUUUUUUUUAGCUUUGUGUGAGAAAGAAUGUCGUCCGAAAGCCCUCUGUACGCACCGUUCUUCGCAGUGAUGGGUGCCUCUGCGGCUAUGGUCUUCAGCGCCUUGGGAGCAGCCUAUGGCACGGCGAAAAGCGGCACGGGCAUCGCCGCCAUGUCAGUGAUGCGGCCAGAGCUCAUCAUGAAGUCCAUCAUCCCUGUGGUCAUGGCGGGUAUCAUAGCCAUCUACGGCUUGGUGGUGGCCGUGCUGAUCGCCAACAACAUCUCGGACAAAGUCACCCUUUACAGGAGUUUCCUGCACCUAGGGGCAGGCCUGAGCGUGGGGCUGAGCGGCCUGGCCGCGGGCUUCGCCAUCGGCAUCGUGGGCGACGCCGGCGUGCGGGGCACAGCGCAGCAGCCCCGGUUAUUCGUGGGCAUGAUCCUCAUCCUCAUCUUCGCCGAGGUCCUGGGGCUCUACGGCCUCAUCGUGGCCCUCAUCCUCUCCACAAAAUAAUCGGGAGAGGUCGUCUUAUUACAUUGCUGCUGAAUGGGAAAAAAAAAAAACAAAACGACAAAAAAAAAAAAGUGGAAAAAGAGAAUUAAAAUAGCUCCAUAACUAUGGUCUUAUCUCCAAUGUGUACAGUUGUCUCAGUUUGGUAGUCAUUCUCUUGUAAAUGCGCAAUGUAACUUAGUGAGUCGUCUGUCCUGUGUGCGUGUUUAGAUAUAUGAAAAAAAAAAAACAGUUCUUUUCCUACUUUUGCUCGUAUUUUCUGGUUGGCCAAAGUCGUUUGUUUUCUUGUAUUUGCUUUGACUAACCCCCUUUUUUCUUUCUUUAUUUUGGGACAAUUUCUGAUUUCCAUAUUGAUGUUGAGGAACUAUCUGUAAAAUAUAUAUAUGAAAUAGCUUUGUUUUUGUUUUCCACUUUUUAUUUAUGAAGAUUUUGAAAUGUUGAUAACACUUUAAAUGGAGCAGUCUUUAAUGAAUUCCCCAUGAUAAAUAUAUAUAUUAUAAAUAUAUCUAUGUAUAGGUAGAUUUAUUGCACUGUGGGUAACUGUAAUAAGUGAUUGGAUUCCUCUGGAUGUGAUAAUAGGUUAAAGUGGAGAAUGCCUUUACUGUCCAGAUAAUGGAGUGGGAGUUUUUGUGUGUUUUAAUUAUGCUGACAUUCUUGACACACUUGUAAGAUGUUUUCCUGUAGUACAGCUGUUUGAUUGCAUUAAAGGUGUGUGCCCUGUGUUGGGUUUCACAAGUCAAAAUUUCCAAAUAAAUUUCCUCAACUUA